GAAGGAAGGGCGCACACAUCGGCAGCGCACUGACAUCCACACACAGAGAGAGACUGACUGACAUAUAACGGAACCCUCCUCUUUACGUAGGAAGAUAAUGGGGCUGAAAUAAUCGGACUAAUUUUACCUCAUGGACCAAACCCUGUGACUGCCUUCUUGGAUUUCUUUGAACUUUACGCGCAGCCACUCAAGAGAGAAAAUGUGGAGAUACACGAACUUGUUCGCCUGUCUGCUGGUUUUGUUCCAGGAUGUGUCUUCACAGAGCAAGAUCUUUGGGGAGACCGAGCCGGUCCGGAUGACCUCAGAGGGCUCAGACUGCCGCUGUAAGUGCAUCAUGCGUCCUCUGAGUAAGGAUGCCUGCCUGCGCCUGCGGAGCGGCAGUGUACGCGUUGAGGAUUUCUACACAGUGGAGACGGUCAGUUCUGGAUCUGACUGUAAGUGCUCGUGCACGGCACCGCCGUCCUCUCUCAACCCGUGUGAGAAUGAGUGGAAGAUGGAGAAGCUGAAGAAGCAGGCUCCAGAGUUACUGAAGCUCCAAUCUAUGGUGGACCUCCUGGAGGGAACACUUUACAGCAUGGAUCUAAUGAAGGUCCACUCCUACAUCAACAAGGUGGUGUCUCAGAUGAACACGCUGGAGGAGACAAUUAAGACCAACCUCACACGGGAGAACGAAUUUGUCCGGGACAGCAUGAUGAGCCUGACCAACCAGUUUAAGAGAUACGAGAACUACUCCAACGUCAUGAUGAGCAUCAAGAAGGAGAUCUCCAGCCUCAGCCUGCAGCUGCUGCAGAAAGACUCAGCCGAGAGCAAAGCUCAGGACACUAAUGAUGAGAAAACCAAGGAGGCUGUAAAAAUACCCAACAAAAAGAACCCUGCAGCCAAACCCCCACCCAAGCCGCCCAAAGAAAAGACCGUAAAGCCCAAGAAAGAGGCCGUUAAACCUGGGAAACCAAUCAAGCCUGACCCUACGGCCAAAGCCAAGGUGGUUGGCCACCAGCCUGGCGUAGUGAGGGGCAUCACGUACUACAAGGCGGCGAAGACCGAUGAAGACGAGCACAGAGGAGACCAGCCUGCAAAAACGUACACUCUCCAUCACGUCACAGAGAAGCAGGCGGAGGAUGGAGGAGCUGAAAUGGUCCUGGAGGCCCUGGAUGCCACUGUGGCUGAGCCUGUCAUCACCACUGAAGUUCCCCCCACCACCACGACCACCACUACCACCACCACAACCACCACCACCACUGCUCCUGCAACUAUCACCACACAAAGCACAGCGGCACCCGAGAGACCGGCUCCAACCAUCGUGCUGAUGCUCGACAACUCCAACAACAACAGUCGGCCGUCUCUGCACAGAGCAGGGAAGAUCCUUAACUGUGAGGGGACCCUGGCAUCCAUCGAGCAGCCAGAGAAGCAGCACAGUUAUGGACGCAACGAAGGAGCCUGGAUGAAGGAUCCUUUGGCCAAAGACUCCAAGAUCUACGUCACCAACUACUACUACGGCAACAACUUAGUGGAGUUCCGAAACCUCGAUAACUUCAAGCAAGGCCGAUGGAGCAACCUCUUCAAACUGCCCUACAACUGGAUCGGCACAGGACAUGUGGUUUAUAACGGAGCCUUCUACUACAACAGAGCCUUCACCAAGAACAUCAUCAAGUAUGAUCUGAGGAUGCGAUACGUGGCCGCCUGGACUCUGCUGCAUGACGUCGUUUACGAGGAUACCACCCCCUGGAAAUGGCGUGGUCACUCAGACAUUGACUUUGCGGUGGAUGAAAGCGGCCUGUGGGUAAUCUACCCCUCUGUCGACUAUGAUUACAACCAGCAAGAGGUGAUAGUCAUCAGUAAACUGGACCCUGGAGACCUGUCCCUGAAAAAGGACACAACCUGGAGGACAGGUCUCAAGAGGAACUCCUACGGGAACUGCUUCAUCAUCUGUGGUGUCUUGUACGCUGUUGAUGUGUACAACCAAAAGGAGGGUGAGGUGAACUAUGCUUACGACACCCACACCAACACUGAAGCCAUCCCACGCCUGCCCUUCACCAAUGAGUACUCCUUCACCACCCAGAUUGACUACAAUCCCAAGGAGAAGGUUUUGUACGCCUGGGACAAUGGCCAUCAGCUCACCUAUCAGGUGAACUUUCUUGAACAGUGAGGUUCAGACAAUCUUAAGCUAAGCUCACAGUACAGUAGGUCUGCCAGUAUGGCACCUCAAUCAAAAGAAGAUACUCAGACUACAGCAGCCAUAUUGGACUCACCAGGACAAAGGAUGGACCUACACCAGCCUUCUGUUACCAAUGCAUGCUAUUUAAACAACUGACCUCACACGGAAUCAACUACACAUAACUUUAUUUGUCUUUGGGGAUAUGACUGUACAAUUUGUCUAUAAAAUGAUGGCAGACAGUGAAAACAAUGUCAAAGGUUGAGUUAAAGCUAUGGGGGGAAAUCUAAAAGCAUGCCAUGUAAAUUCUAAUGACAUCACUCCCAAUUUAAUAUUAAGCCAUUAAGUACAGCAGUGCUUUGAAUUGCAUUUUUGCAUAUCACUAUCUUACAUGCAUUACACAUCACUUUAAUUGGGCCUGUUUGUGGUCCUGUGCAACCAUGCAUUUAGACGAGGAAACUCAAAGUUAAUAAAUAUUCAAUCCAGAGCCUGAAACCUGCAUCAGCAAAGUGCAAAGUCCUUCAACAUGGAAGGUUAACGUUUGCACUAAAAUAGAAGAAAAAUAGGAAACUGUGCAGAGUUUAAAUCAGGCUCAGUGCAGCUGUGUCUGCUCCUUGCAUGUGUGAGUGUACGGCUGCAGCCCCGAGACCUCUUGCCCCCCACCAACUGUUGAGAUAAGAGGAACCAAAUGGCACUCAAAACACUUUUUCCUUGUGCUGUUAAAUAAAUUCACUCCCUGUGCAGAUUAUCAGUGAAAUAAAAAGCAGAAAUAAUCGAGUGUGCACGAGUGUGAACAUGCAAAAUGUAGAUCCACUAAAAAUAGGCUAUUUCUGCAUUUAUUCAACAGACAACAAUCAGUAGCAAAGCUGUUAAAGCUGCAGAUGUAGUCCUUCAAAACAUCAUUAUUUGUUGAACAAAGCAUGCAAUGAAGGGGCAGCCAUGUAAAUAUGCAUUUGAUCAAUUGAUUUAAAGGAAUAUUUCAUAUUUUUAAGUUGGGUUAUGUUAGGUACUUGUAGAGGCAUUAGCCUCCAAAGAUUUCAGCAUGAUGAGCUUGAUGAAGCUAAGAUACACAGCCCAUCAGAUGGGUGCAGUUUCUGUGUGUAAUUUAGUGAGUUGUUGGAAAAAAUGGGCAAAAAAAAGAAUGUUGGUUUAAUUUUACACUGUAUCAAAAAUUUUGAAAAGGAUGUAAGUUUUUGCCCCAAGAGCCUCUGUGUUUGGCACUAUUUUGCAGUGCGAGCUUUGGCUACCAGCUAUGUGCUCUUCUACCUCAGUGCAUCUAAUUAGCUGUGUGGGUCUGCAGCCUUCAUAGGAGACACAACAAACAACUAAGCUAAAAAAAAAAAAAACACUAAAAAUGAGUGAUUUUGACUCAACUGGUGGUGACUGUGGAUAUGAUGGGAUAUUUUUUUGACCAGGGAAAGUAAUGCCAAACACGGAGGCUUUCUGGGUAGAAAAAUAAAAUGUUAAAAAAGAAUUUGAUGUAGCGUGCAAUUCAGCCAACAUUGUUUUAAUGUUGGAAGUCCGUACGUCCAAUGUUAGGCUUAGGCAUUAAAACCCGAGUGGUUAGGUUCAGGGUAAGGCAGUGGGGAAGGUGAUAUAUUUGAGGUCCAGCACCAAGGGCUAGGCUUAGGCGCGAAAAAGACUGACAAACACUGGCAGCUGAGUCCAACACGAAGAAGAAACUUGUGCUUGGGACUUCCUGCAUGGAUUGGAUGUAUAGCGACGCCCAUGUCGGCCAUCUUGACUGCAGUUGGGUCCCUCUCAUUAAUGCUGCAAAAUACCCAAGAAGCCUUCUGGGAUCCCUGUUUCUAUGGUAACAUGGUCGGCAAAUUAGCACACAGAUUUUUAGCAGGUAAAUUGUUUAAAAUGUAGAAGGAUUGUUGAUCUCUGCCAGAGCAAUUUGAAGCAUGCAUUUUGAAGAUUUUAGUAGUUGACUAUCUGAAAAAAUACUCAAAUCGAACAAGAAACGAAACGAUUCUUGUUCCUCUGAUGCUACAGUUUGUGUUGGAGGGUGCAAUGAUAGUUUCACAUGUUAUUUAUGUUAGAUUUUUGAUUGUUUGUUGUCUGUAAAUGAAGAUUUUUGCAAACGAUUUCAUUGCAUUCCUUUCCUCUGAUCACAAGAAUGAUAUUAUCUGAUGAUCCAGAGAAAUUUGUCACAGUUCAUGUUUAAAAGCGUAUUUAUUUACUCCUUAGCUACCAUCAGAUCAAAGCUAGCGUAGCAUUCAGACAUUUGCUCGCAUGAAUUCGAUCAUCACAGGAUAGAAAAGGCUUAAAGUAAAAGAUAUUUACAUUAAUUUUACAUUUUAACCCAAAGGUAGAUCUAAUGUUGAAUUGUAUCAUUGAUAUAGUUUAGAGCCCAGAUUACAGCCAAAAGGUCGGCCAAUGAAUCUGUCUGUUUCUGUCUGCACUCAUACAUGAACUCAAGUCAGUGUUGGAGUUAAGACCACCGUCCUGUAGGAAUGGGCAGUUUUUAGUUCAUUGCAUUCACAGUGAGUAGAGCGUGGGCCUCUGCCUGCGUUUCAUUUAAUCCUUUAUCAAAAUGCUGUGGGUCUAAAAAUAAAAAUGUUUAUAAGGCAUGGUUUCCAGGAGCGUUAAAUUGAUUUAUAGUUGAAGAAUUAUUCUUUCACAUGAACAAUAACUGAGCUACAUCAGAGGAGCAGAUAAAGUUCCCCUCUCUCUCCUCUUGUCUAUGGCUCAUUCGUGCCCUUUUUUCCUUUGUCUUCCCUGAUUCAGUGUGACAAAUGUUAAUCAAAUAUAAUUCUGUAUCAGAAAAUUUAAAACCUUUUAAACAGAUGAAAACUUGCCUGCAUCGUUAUUUAUUUCUGUGUUUUGCUCGAUUGGCGAGCUCCGUCCAGCUGCAGUUUCACUUCACAGGAAGUUUAUGAAAAGUUACAGACUACUACUCUCUCUACAUUUCACAUCAAAAUGAAUAAAGAAAAGUUUAACCUUAUUAAAAACCUUCCAUGGUUGUUAAUAUGUCUGGUUGCUGCUGCUGGACAUAGGAUUAUUAAUAAACUUCAUCAUUUCCAUUUUUGACCCUUAACUCCUGAGUUUCUGGACUCGUUUUAACCGUAAAAGACCCACAAAGUGUCUUCUAAUAUAUGGCAGUUAUUUACAUUUUACUGCACGUUAAGAGUGUUUUAACAGUUGGAAAUUAAAAUAUACAUAAAAGGGGGGGACUUUAUGCUUCAACUAAUGGUGCCAUCAUGUUCAGAAAAUAUGUUUUGGACUAAGAACACAAUGAAAAGUGUCAUGUAAAAGGACAUUUUACAGCUUUAUUUUCUCUGAGAGACCCCCAAACAGAUGGCAUCAUAGAUACCAGCUUAAUUCAAUAUUCAAGACUUUGUGGUAAACCUCCAUCAGCUGUUAAAAUCUGUUCACAGUUUAUGAUGAGAGUCAAAAAUAUAACUGAGCAUGUUGUCCUUUUAGUGACAAACUGCCUAAAUAUGGUGUUAAACAUCAAAAUGUUACCAAAACCUGCUCUAUUUUAAGUUAAGAAUGUUCUGGAAGUUAUUGCCCAGGAGGAGAAAGUGCAUCAUUUUUACUUUCAGCCAUGCUCUGCCAUCCGGUUUCAAUUAGAAUAAGAAAAGACGAGAAAACUAGCCAGGAUAUAUAUGAUUAGGCUUUUAAAGUUCAGGCUCCAUCCUUUUUACUUUUGCUAUUGAAAUAGACAGUUUGUGAUAUUUGGCCACGCCCCCUUCGUUUAACUCAACCAGUGAGGUUCUUUCCUGCCUGCAGAGUGAUUCUCCUGUCGAGAAAUAUCUGUAAACUGAAGUAUCAGCUUUUGUUUCCUUGCUCAUCUAAACUCCAUCCUGUCACCAAGCACUUUGAUCAUGAAUCUGCCUUCAUUCAUAUUCCGGCCUCAUGCCUGCCUGUCUCUGUAUCAUUGAUGUUUUUGGAGUGAUUCAUUAAGGGAUGUAAAAUUAAAUCCAAAAUAACAAUGAACACAUGUUUCUAAGUUCAAUAUUUUAUAUUUACCAGAGUUCAUCAACCAUAUCAUACUCUUUUUUUCUACUUUCCAUGCCUCCUGUAAAGUUUCUUUGUUGUUGUAUAAAGUAUGCAGCUUUUUUUUUUAUUGUUAAUAACAUUUACAUAACCACUAUGUUUGUUGUAAUUCUUCAGUAUUUGAACUCUUUAUCUUCUACACCAGGGAAGGUUGUUUUAACACUAAAAGGUGCCUUGUUCCAUUAGUGAUGAUUGUUAUAAAUAAUAAUGUCUGUAUUUUGACACUUACUGAGUGUUUUUUUUUUUUUUUUUUAAUUAGGGCCUUAACCAAGACCAAGUCAGGACCAAGACUCAGACAGAUUAAAGCCAAGGUCAGAUUACACGAUCUUUAUAUCCGCUCAAAUGGUCACUGUGACAGAUUAGGAGAUCAUAUACGACCUGUAUUUCUGCUGCGGCUCCACACAGUAAUACCCAACCAAUCAUUACGAUGAUACUGGAAGGAAGCAGGAGUGGGGUAGAUGGAGACCUUAAAGAAGAGUGUAUACCACAGGUGUCAAACUCAAGGCCCAGGGUCCAAAUCCAGCCCAUGGAACGAUUUUAUCCAGCCCGCAAGAUCAUAUCAUGUUUGUAUUAUUACUGACCCACCAGUAUGAGGUCUGCAGAGU